GCGGCGGCCGCAGGGCGGGGCCGCCCGGGCCGGGCCGGGCCGAGCCGAGCCGAGCCGAGCCGAGCCGGCGGUGUAGCCGCUUCCGCACGCUGCCGCGGCGAGCGCGCUGCGGGCUCCUGCUCACCGGCGCCGGGCGGGAGGAGGGCGCGGCGCGGGGCGGGGCGGGGCGGCCGCGCCGCCCUCGAGGCGGUUUCGUUUCCCUGGCGGCGAGCGCUGCCUGGAAGAGGAGGGGCAGCGGCGCGGCGGGAAGCGCCAUCCGCGCAGCGCGGCGGUGCCGGGGCGGCGGGGAGAGCGAGCGGGAGAGCCGCGCUGCGGCCAUGCAGAGCGCGGGCGGCCGAGGGGGAAGAGGCGAGCGGGCCGGGAGAGGCCGGGGCAGAGGCGCUGCGACUGCGGGCGGCCCCGGCGGUGACGGCGGGGGCGCCGCGUCGCCCCGCGCAGACGGCUCCCCCGCGGGGAGAGUCGCCGCCACGAAGAGGGGCUCCGUCCGCAGCGGCGGAGCCCGCGCCGCGGGCAAGGCGGCGGCCACCGAGGGAGCGGAGCCGCCCGCUCCUCAGCCCGCGGCGGCCCGGCGGAGGGCGGCGGAGCCCGACGGCGGGGGCGCCGCUGCCGGGGCCGCCCGCCCCGCGGCGGGCGCUGGCCCCCGGAGGCCCCCGGCGGUGGCGGCGGCGGCGGCGGGGGGCGCCGUGCGGCUGCGGGAGGUGCUCUCGCAGCUCAGCCUGGGCCGCCAGGACGUGUCGGAGGCGGCGGCGCUGGUGAACCAGGUCGUGACCCAGCUGCUGCAGGGCAUCCGCAGCCGGGAGGGCAGCUUCGGCGCCCUCGAGAGGUUCAGCGCCGGCAGCUACUACGAGCGCGUCAAGAUAUCUGAACCAAAUGAGUUUGACAUCAUGCUUACAAUGCCUGUUACACGACUUCAGCUUGAUGAGUGUGAUGGCACUGGAGCCUUUUAUUAUCUAACAUUCAAAAGAAAUCCAAAAGAAAAGUACUUGAAGAAGUUUUUAGAUGAAGAUGGAAAACUAUCGGCCUUAAAAAUGCUUGAGGCACUAAGAAAAAUUAUUAAAGAAGAAGUAAAAACCAUAAAAAAUGUGGAAGUAACUGUGAGAAGGAAGAAGGCUGGAAGCCCUGCAAUAACACUUCAGAUCAAAAAGCCUCCAGCAGAAAUCGCGGUGGACAUCAUCUUGGCUUUGGAAGUUCAGCAGAGCUGGCCUCCCAGCACAAAGAAUGGCCUUCAUAUUGAACAAUGGCUAGGAAGAAAAGUCAGGAGAAACUUCAGAAAUGAAAAAUUUUAUUUAGUAGCCAAACAAAACAAAGAAGAAAAGGUGCUAAGAGGAAACACUUGGCGACUGUCUUUUUCACAUAUUGAAAAGGAAAUUAUGCAAAACCAUGGCAGCGCAAAGACAUGUUGUGAAUCUGAUGGAGAAAAAUGUUGCAGGAAAGAUUGUCUUAAACUUCUGAAGUAUCUGCUAGAGCAACUUAAAACAAAAUAUAAAAAAGAGUUGGAAAAAUUCUGUUCAUAUCACAUCAAAACUGCGUUUUUCCACUCAUGUGUCAUUUGGCCACAUGACGAAGACUGGCAGUGGGCAGACCUAGAGCGCUGCUUUCAUCAAUAUCUGGGAUAUUUUCUGGAUUGCCUGCAAAAUUGUCAACUUCCACACUUUUUUAUUCCCCAGUACAACUUACUCAGCCUGAAUGGUAAAGCAAGCAACAACUUCCUUUCAAGGGAAAUAAACUAUCAGAUUAACAACAGAUUCCCAAUAUUUCAACAGGACAAUUAAAAACAUUAUUUACAAUAUCUGCAUGAAAACGCAAAAAUUUGCAUACUUGAAGACUAACAGUGUAAGUUAUUUCUUAGUAGUCUGGUACUAUGGAAAACAGUAACAAUGAAGAACAGUCAGUUGCAUAUUUCAAUCACGUUACUUGGCCAUAACCCUUAGAAGAAAUACAAUGUUUUAAGUAAUACUCUAUCUUUCCCUGUGCAAAUGAAGAUGUCACCUGCAAAAUGUCUUCAGGGUACACUAAGAUGUGUAGAACUUGCAAGAAUCACUUUGCUAGGUGCAAUUUCUGCAAUUCCAAAUAUUGACUACCAUGUCACCGGUGCCUUAAAGUGAAAAACAAGUUUUAUUUAAAAUGAAAAUUCACUGCAGAAUAUUCAAAAUACUUUUACUUAAAAAAAAAAAAGCUGGAUUGUAAAAGUCAUUAUAAUUACUUCGACAUGAAACAGAACUUCAACAUCAGGUGGGUAGAGGGAAGCUGUAAGGAUGUGGAAUGUGAGAGCAUCUGCUUCAUUAAAGGUAUCAGAUCAAGGACUUUUUCAGUUUAAGGGGAGUCAUGAGCAUCAGGGAAAGCAAUAAACAAAACACACACAAGCACAAACCCCAGAGGCAGCGGAUAACUGGGACAAUGACCAAGACCUAAAGCCUCCAGUCGCUAAUUGAUGGGCCGUUAGAAGACUACAGGCAUAGUUUGGAGAGGACAAACCUGGAUUUUUUUUUAACUGAUGAGGGGAAAACAAGACAAACAUAAGGAGGGGGCUUGUGGUGCUAUGCAAAAUUUAUUAAGUGUUUGGAAGAAGGGGAUUGUUGCAGAACAAAGUGGGCAAUAGAGAAGAGGGGAUAUAUAAAGGUCUGGUUAUGUGUAAGCACUUGCCACUCAGUACCCUUGCUUGACCAUUGCAGUCCGUCCUAUCUUCUUAUUAAACCCCUCCUUAACCAUC